AUGGGGACAGGUGACAUUGGUGCCACUGCACAAGAGCGUGCAGCCAACGGGAAGAACUGGCCUGUCCAGCAGCAAUUAGCCACUGGGCCUGAGACCCGUGUCUGGACGGUGCUGCUGCUGCUGGGGACCUGCCUGCUGUACUGUGCCCGUGUCACCGUGCCCGUCUGCGCCGUCGCCCUCAGCACCCACUUCGACUGGGACAAGAAGCAGUCUGGGAUAGUGCUCAGCAGCUUCUUCUGGGGCUAUUGCUUGACCCAGAUCAUCGGAGGACACAUCAGUGAUCAAAUAGGAGGUGAGAAGGUCCUGCUCCUCUCAGCAUCAGCCUGGGGGUUCCUCACGGUCCUCACCCCGCUGCUCACCCACAUCACUUCUGCCCAUCUGGUUUUUAUGGCCUCCUCCAGGUUCCUCAUGGGGCUGCUACAAGGGGUGUAUUUCCCAUCCCUGGCCAGCCUGCUGUCCCAGAAGGUCCGGGAGAGCGAGCGAGCCUUCACCUACAGCACAGUGGGCACUGGAUCCCAGUUUGGGACACUGGUGGUCGGCGGGGCAGGGUCCCUCCUCCUGGACUGGUACGGCUGGGAGAGUGUCUUCUACUUCUCUGGUUUGCUCACUUUGCUCUGGGUUUACUGCACCUGCAAGUAUCUCCUGGGAGAGAGAGAACUCAUCAUCCCCAUAGAUUAUUUAAUGAGAAGCCUCUCACUACCCAAGCAGACCAAAGUUCCCUGGAAGCAGCUGUUUAAGAAGGCACCAAUAUGGGCUGUCAUCAUUGCUCAGCUCUCUACAGCCAGCACGUUUUUCACUCUCCUUUCCUGGCUGCCAACUUUCUUCAAGGAAACUUUCCCCGAGUCAAAGGGUUGGGUGUUUAAUGUAGUCCCCUGGCUGGUUGCAAUUCCAACAAGCCUGUUCAGUGGAUUUCUGUCUGAUCACUUAAUCAACCAGGGGUACAAAACCAUCACCAUUCGCAAGUUCAUGCAGGUCAUUGGCUCCGGUGUCUCCAGCAUUUUUGCUUUGUGCCUGGGCCAGACAUCCAGUUUUUGUAAAGCAAUAGUGUUUGCCUCUGCCUCUGUUGGACUUCAGACCUUUAACCACAGUGGGAUUUCAGUAAACGUGCAGGAUCUGGCCCCCUCAUGUGCUGGCUUGCUCUUCGGUGUUGGGAACACAGGUGGAGCCCUCCUAGGUGUCAUCUGCGUGUACUUGGCUGGCUACCUGAUUGAAACAACUGGCUCCUGGAUUUCUGUUUUCAACCUAGUGGCUGCUGUGAACAGCAUUGGCCUCUGUGCAUUCCUCAUGUUUGGAGAAGCCCAGAGAGUGGACACAGACUCUGUGUACAUGGACCUCUAG